AUGUCGCAGCCAAGAGAGUUCUUGGAUGCACUCUUACAGGAUGGACACUUGAUUAUGGACGAAAUGCAGGUUGAAUCAGUGGGUUUCCAGUUAUUUAAAGAAAACGAGGAUAUAUGGAUUAUACCGGAAAAUUUGCAAAUUUUCUGGAAACCAGUUUUCCAUUACCUGAAUGAAGCCAAAGUUCUACCUGAACUGCUCUUCCAGAUGGUUGAGGCCUUGUCAAACGUGGAGGUGCAGCCGCUGCAACAGCGACAGCUAGUUGCGUGGAUUGAUAAAUUGCUAGAUGCCUUUGUUGAAAAUCUGCCGCCAGGAAAUUCCAUUGUGGGAGGAAAUUUCAAAACUGUUGAAGACCUGAAACUACUUGUGUCUCAAGUGACAGCUGAAAAGCAGCCGCAAGCAAACGAUCUAUUAUCUAACGGAGGCGACUUCGGUCGUUGGCGCGUCUGUAGUCCAACGAAAUGGAAAGGUAUCCCGCUUGGUCUGACACCAGAACAGAGCACUGAGUCGUUGUACUUGGUCGUGGAGCCUGAAACUCUUCCAUCUCGAAAAAGAUGA